AUGUCUUCAACUUUAACUAAAUUAAAAAUUAAUGUCAAAACUCUUGAUGAUUCUCUUUAUUUUCUUGAUGAACAUCUUUAUCGCUUAUCAACAUUUAUUAUUCAUGUGACAAAUAUUAUAUUUAAAUUAUCAAAUACAGAUAACACAGUAAGGUUAUAUAUAUUUAAUGAUAAUCCAUCAAAGAAUAAGCAAUAUUCGUCUACAUUAAUUAUAUUUCCUCAUCUUAUAAUUCUUGAUCUGCGCAAAGCACAUUUGAAUUAUGCUAAACAAUUUCUUUUCGAAAAAAACACUCAUCUACCUCGUUGA